UUUAGCUGCGGUCCCACUGAUGAACUGGUUCAUUAGGAGCUACGCAUCUGAGUCAUUUUUGGUAACGACAAAGGAAAAAUUAUAAACAAACACAAUGGCCACUUUGAAAGCCUCUUCAUCUGCGCAUUUCUCACGUGCAUGGGUCUGACCUUCCUGAUCCUGGCCUGCGCCAUUCCCAAUCCUAAAAUCUUUUACCCCUUCUUCGUGCUGCUCUUCUACGCACUGUCCGUGCUGCCGGUGUUUAUUGCAAAGCGGACGACUCCGGGCAACGAGACCAAUCCGAAGUCUGAGUUGGCCCUCUUCCUCACUGCAGGCAUGGUUCUAAGCGCCUUUGCCCUGCCCAUCGUCCUUGCCCACGCAUCGGUGAUCUCGUGGACUGCGUCUAUCCUUACGAUAAUUAGCAACAUCAUCAACUAUGGUACCAUCCUUGGGUACGCCAUGCGCGAUGACGAACCCUACGGCAGUAUGUUUUAAAGAGAACCCGCCGUCUAAAGGCUUAUGUAUAUGACCAGUAAUCGACGCAGCCGAAUUAGAACGGAAAGCAUUUACACUCUGAGGUUACUGGCUUUACCCAUAAGCACUCAUGCUGAACGCUUUUUUCGCAGUCAUCACUCAAUCUCAUAUUAUCAAGUGUAUCCAGAAAACAUAAACACAAACGAAAUAAACAAACUUAGUAAAUAAAA